AGCUCGACCAAGACGUCGCGACUCGCUCGCCGACACACUGGUAGACCGGUGAUGAUAGCCUCGGCAGGGAACAUGUAGCUGCAGGAUGGAGACUCGCACCCGAACGACGCAUCCCAGCGCCAGUCCUGGUUGAUGCACGUCGAUAGCACUCAUCGCCCGUCCUACGACCACGCCUCCGCCACUCCAAAUCAGCCAUCAUGCCGUCUGUACAGCAGUGCUCCAGUCUGGCCCCCAGACGCCUCCUGGUCCUCGACUGCGCCCUCUCCAACCCAAACUUCUCCAACGGCCGCGUGUUCUCGACAUGCACCCACGGCGCGGCCACGCAAGACAUUGUCUCCGACAUGUGCACGCUGCCGGACGGCAUCGCCCUCGACCGGGCCGCGGGGCACAUGUACGUGACGCACAUGGGCGGCGCGCUCAGCACGAACAGCGGCAGCAUCAUGCGCUACGACCUCGACGGAUCGAACGCGCAGUGCGCCAUCGCGCAGGGCAGCAAGGGAGUCUGGACGCCCAAGCAGGUCACGUUUGCCCAGCACGACGCGAAGAAGUGGAUAUACUGGUGCGACCGCGAGGGCAUGAAGCUGUGUCGGGCGUGUGUCGACACGCUGCCCGCGACACCCGAGGUGCUGCUCGAGACGGGCGACCCCGCGCUGGACACGGACAGGAGGCGGUGGUGUGUCGGCGUUGCUGUGGAUGCGGCGCGUGGGACCGUGUACUGGAGCCAGAAGGGCGCGCCAAAGGCGUCCGAGGGUCGGAUUUUCCGGGCACAGGUGGACGACGUGCGAGGGACAAGGGAAGUGCUGUUCGAGCGGCUGCCGGAGCCGAUUGAUCUCGACCUUGACGCGGAGAGGGGGGUGUUGUAUUGGGCGGACCGCGGGGACCCGCCGCGGGGGAACAGUUUGAACCGCGCCUUCGUGGGGAGCGGGCAGGUUGGCGAGGUGGAGAUUCUGGCUACCAGAUUCCAUGAGGCGAUUGGGCUGGCGCUGGACACGGAGGGGGGGAAGUGCUAUGUCAGUGAUCUUGCGGGAGGCUUGUACGAGGUCGACCUGCAGACGCGGAAGAAGAAGGUGCUAUUCCCCGAGCUGGGGGACUUGACUGGGAUAGCGUUGGUGUAGGUGUACGAGGACGGCAAGCUAUCUGGAGCAGCAUUCGUUCGGAUAAGAGCUCUGUACAUAUCGUAUCGUACACGUGCAUGGCCCGCAACUCUGGGCUCCGUUUUACAGCCAGCGUGCGCUGCUUGGACCUUGAAUGCCUGCUUGGACCUUGAAUGCCUGCUUGGACCUUGAAUGCCUGCUUGGACCUUGAAUGCCUACUUGAACCUUGAAUGCCUACUUGGACCUUGAAUGCCUACUUGAACUUUGGCACAACAGGCCGCUUCGUAACAGCCAGCGCAACCCACCCUCCAAUCAGCGCCAAACCGCCCAACGGCGUCACAGGCCCGAGCACCUUUCCAAACCGCUGCGGAUCCAAGACGAGCAGAUACAGGCUGCCGGAGAACAUGGUCAUACCAGCCGUCAGCA